CCAUGGCGACCAGCGGCGGCGAGCCUAGUGCUCCGGUUGGUCCCGUCCCGUUCGCCGACGUCGACGGCGAGCAGCUGGUCCCCGAGCGCCGGGCGCAGCCGGAAGCGGGGCUCGGCGACGACCUCGCCGACGACAUGGUCUCGUCCCUCCCGAGCAAGAUGGAGGUCAGCCUGCCCAUGAGGCUGCGCCUCUACCGGGGCUUCUGGCUGGCGGAGAUCCACAUCCCGGCGGCCGUGGCCAUGCAGCGGCGCCUCGUGCCACGCCCCGACGACGUCGUCGUGGCCAGCCUUCCCAAGUGCGGCACCACGUGGCUCAUCGCCCUGGCGUUCGCCACCAUGGCGCGCCGCGCGCAUCCGCCCGACGCCGGCGCCGGCGCCGGCCACCCGCUCCGCCGCCUCAACCCGCACCAGUGCGUCCCUUUCCUCGAGGGCCUCUUCGCCAGAGGUCAGCAAGCCAAGCUCGACGCGCUCCCGUCCCCGCGCCUCAUGAACACGCACAUGCCGCUCGCUAUGCUGCCCAGCGCCGGCGGCGGCGGCGGCGGCUGCAGAGUCGUCUACAUCUGUCGAGAGCCCAAGGACAUGGCCGUCUCCAUGUGCCACUACACCCGGCGGGUGAUGCCCCGCGUGUCGUUCGCCGAAACCUUCGAGUCCUACUGCGACGGCGCCAAGAUUUACGGCCCGUUCUGGGACCACAUCCUCGGCUACUGGCGCGCGAGCUCGGCGACGCCGGACACCGUGCUCUUCCUCCGGUACGAGGAGCUGCUGCGUGACCCCGCCGGAAACGUCCGGAAGCUGGCGCAGUUCGUCGGGCUGCCGUUCUCCGAGGCGGAGGAGGAGGCCGGCAUGGUCGGCGCCAUCGUCGCGCUGUGCAGCCUCGACAACAUGAGGGGAUUCGAGGCGAACAGGACAGGCUACGUCGAUGCGCAGCGGAGGAUUCCGCGCGAGACACUCUUCCGGAAGGGCGUGGCCGGCGACUGGGUGCACCACAUGACGCCGGAGAUGGCGCGCCGCCUGGAUGACAUUGUUGCCGACAAGUUUGGUGGAACUGGACUCGCAUUUAAAUGAGACGCAGCUACGUUUCAACGUUUGUAGGAACAAACAUAGGUCAAUGGAGUUAGCUUGUGAACUCGCAAUUCACAAAUAUUUGCUCCGUUCAUUAUAAAAUUUUUAAUCUUAUUUAAAAUUAUUUAUAUGCUAAUAAAUUCUAUACACAUAUAAAAUAUAAAUAAAUUUAGAUAAACUAAAAAUGAGAACAGAGAGUACGGAU